AUGGCGAGCGGGGGCCGCCGGUGCCUCCCGGGGCCGUUCCUGGGGCUACCGGGGCUACCGGGGCCGUUCCUGGGGCUACCGGGACUCUACCGGUGCCUCCCGGGGCUGCUACCGGGGCUACCGGGGCCGUUCCUGUGGCUACCGGAGCUCUGCCGGUGGCUGCUCUCCGUGUCCCUGUGGCUACCGGGACUCUACCGGUGCCUACCGGGGCUACCGGGGCCGUUCCUGUGGCUACCGGGACUCUACCGGUGGCUACCGGGGCUCUGCCGGUGGCUGCUGUCGGUGUCCCUGUGGCUACCGGGGCUGUCCCUGCAGCCACCGGGGCUCUGCCGGUGGUUACCGGCGCUGUCCCUGGGGUUACCGGCGCUGUCCCUGUGGUUACCGGCGGCCGCCGCCUUCAACCUGGACGGGGCCAGCCCGGUGCUGAAGGACGGGGACCGGGGCAGCCUCUUCGGAGCGGCCGUGGCGCUGCACCGGCAGCUGAGCCCCGAGCCCCGGCGUGGUGAGCUGCUCGUGGGCGCCCCCCAGGCCCGGGCACUGCCCGGCCAGGCCGCCAACAUCAGCGGGGCUCUGUUCGCCUGCCCGCUGAGCGCCGAGCCCGCCGACUGCUGGAGGGUCCCCAUCGAUGAGGGAGAGGAUCCCACGAGGGAGAGCAAAGAGAACCAAUGGCUGGGGGUCAGCGUCGAGAGCCAAGGGCCCGGCGGGAAAGUGGUGACCUGCGCGCACCGCUACGAGCUGCGGCACCGCGUGCGGCAGCCGCUGGAGACGCGGGACGUGAUCGGCCGCUGCUUCGUGCUCAGCCAGGACCUGCGGGAACGGGACGAGCUGGACGGCGGCGAGUGGAAAUUCUGCGAGGGGAGAGCGCCGGGACACGAACGGUUCGGGUUCUGCCAGCAGGGCCUGGCGGCCGCCUUCAGCCCCGACCGGCGCUUCGUGCUGCUGGGGGCACCCGGGACCUACAACUGGAAGGGCACCGUUCGCCUGGAGCAGCUCCAGCAGAGCUCCCUGGACCUGCUGCGCCCGGACGCCGGCCCGUUCGAAGCAGGGGGGGAGAAGGAGCAGGACCCGGCCCUGAUCCCCGUGCCCGCCCACAGCUACCUCGGGCUGCUCUUUGUGACAAACAUUGAGAGCGGCGCCCCCGACCUGAGGGUGUUCCGGACCCCCGAGCCCGGAGAGAGGGUGCCCGGCGCGGCCGCGGACGUGGGGCACAAUUCCUACCUGGGGUUCUCGGUGGCCGCGGGCCCGGGGCUGACACGGCCGCACGAGCUGAGCUUUGUGUCGGGCGCGCCCCGGGCCAACCACAGCGGGGCCGUUGUGAUCCUGCGCACGGACAGCGCCAACCGCCUGGUGCCCGAGGCCGUGCUGGGCGGGCACCAGCUCAGCUCCGCCUUCGGCCACGCCCUGGCACUGCUGGACCUCAACAGCGACGGCUGGACGGACCUGGCCGUGGGCGCCCCCCAUUUUUUCGAGCGGCAGGAGGAGCUGGGGGGGGCCGUGUACGUUUACCUCAACCCGGGGGGGCUCUGGGCCGGCGCCACCCCCGAGCGCCUGAGCGGCCCCCGCGGCUCCGCCUUCGGCACCGCGCUCUGCUCGGCCGGGGACCUGGACCGGGACGGCUUCCAGGACCUGGCCGUGGGGGCUCCUUUUGACGGCGCGGGCAAAGUCUUCAUUUACCACGGCAGCGCCCUGGGCAUCGUCACCCGCCCGGCGCAGGUGCUGGAUGGGGAGGCCGUGGGGGUCUCGGCCUUUGGGUACUCGCUCUCGGGGGGAAUGGACGUGGAUGGGAACCUGUACCCCGACCUGCUGGUGGGGUCCCUGUCGGACAGCGUGGUGCUCUACAGGGCGCGGCCGGUGGUUCACGUGUCCCGGGAGGUGUCGGUGCUGCCGCCGCUCAUCGACCUGGAGCGGAGCAACUGCCGCGACGGGGCCCGGCGUCUGCCUGGAGAGCUGCAGCUGGCGCUGGAGGCGGACUCGGAGCGGCGCCUUCGGGGGCAGCAGCCCCGGGGCUCCUUCCUGGAGCGGGGCCCGGCCGAGCCCGAGCACCGGAUCCGGGCCCGCCUGGAGCUGCCCCGGCCGCGGGAGCGGCGCUGCGUGCCCGCCACCUUCCGGCUGCACGACGACAUCCGGGACAAGCUCCGCCCCAUCGCUGUCACCUUGUCCUUCGCCAUCGCGGGGGACACCGCGGGGGUGGCACCGGGGGGCCCGGGGGACAGCGCUGCCCCCGCUGAGCCCCGCGCUGAGGCCCGCGCCAGCCCAGCACGCUGCGCACCGAGCCCCGCGCUGAGCCCGCGCCAGCCCAGCACGCUGCGCACCGAGGUGCAUUUCCUGCGCCAGGGCUGCGGCGAUGACCGAAUCUGCCAGAGCCACCUGGAGCUGCGCCCGCGGUUCUGCGCCCGCCUUGGGGACAGCGACUUCCUGGCCCUGCCCACGGACGAGGACGGCGCUGCCAUCUUGGCCAUCAGUGACCAGAAGGACGUGGCCCUGGAGCUGCAGGUGACCAACGAGCCCUCGGACCCCGCGCAGCCGCACAGGGACGGGGACGACGCCCACCAGGCCCUGCUGGUGGCAUCGCUGCCCCCGGAGCUGCCCUACGCCGCCAUCCGGGGCCGCCCUCCCCAGGACAGGGUUUUGUGCUUGGCCAACGCGAACGGCUCCAGGGUGGAGUGCGAGCUGGGGAACCCCCUCAAACGCGGGGCCCAGGUGCGCUUCUUCCUCAUCCUCAGCACCUCGGGCGUCUCCGUCCACACCACGGAGCUGCAGGUGCUGCUGGAGCUGUCCACCAGCCGGGGGCUGGAGCCGGUGGUCGCCCGCGCCCGCGUGGUCAUCGAGCUGCCCCUGGCCGUCACCGGCGUGGCCGUGCCCCCCAGGCUGUUUUUUGGGGGGCAGGUGCUGGGGGAGAGCGCGGUGAAGAGGGAGAGCCAGGUGGGCAGCGCCGUCCGCUUCGAGGUCACGGUGUCGCAGCGGGGGCCGGUGCUGAGGAGCCCCGGCUCGGCCGCCCUGACCGUGCAGUGGCCGCUGGAGCUGCCCAAUGGGAAAUGGCUCCUGUACCCCCUGAGCCUGGAGCUGGGCACCCCCCCCGUGCCCUGCAGCCCCCCAGGAAACCCCCUGCACCUCGCCCUGGAGUCACCAGGCCGGGAGGGCCCCCCUGAGGAGCCCCCGGCCCGCUCGUGGUGGGUGCCCGCGGGGAGGAAGAGGAGGAACGUGACCCUGGACUGUGCCCGGGGCACGGCGCGCUGCCGCCCGUUCCGGUGCCCCGCUGCCGUCGCUGGAGCGCUCGGAGCUGCGGGCGCGGGGCCGCCUCUGGAACGGGACCUUCCUGGAGGUCAGCGAGAGACCCCCGGGGAGUUCCUGGACGUGGAGAAACCUGGAGCUGAUCGUGCGCGCCGGGUCUCGGUCUCCUCCCCCCGCGGCAACGUUGUCAUCAGGGACGCGGUGAUGUCGGUGUCCCUGCACCUGGACCCGGGCGUGGCCGUCACCGCCGUCCCCUGGUGGGUGCUGCCCCUGGCGGUGCUGCUGGGGCUGCUGCUGCUGGCGCUGCUCGUGCUGGGGCUCUGGAAGCUGGGAUUUUUCCGGCGGGCGGCGGCGGCCCCGCCCCCGGCCGUGCCGCGGUUCCGGGCCGUGCGAAUCCCCCGGGAGCAGCGGCCGCAGGCCCGCGAGGGCCACACCGGGACCAUCCUGCGGCCACAGUGGGCGGCCGGACCCACGGACAGGGACGGGGACGGCGCCGCGCCCGGGCCCGCCUGA